AGGAAGUAGACUCAUAGAUUCGAGAGCACAACCCCACACAGAUUAUUAUUUCAGCACAAAAAUGAACAUGAAGGCAGGGGGAAAACACUUUGACCGGCCUGACUGAAGACAUGAGACAACCUUUGCUGCUUCUCAGUCUGUCGCUGGCAGUCCUCCUCUCUGCCAAUGUGCUGGCUCAGAACCAGGUACAGAUCCAGUUCCAGACCGACCCGGUGCUGGUUCGAACCGGUGCUGAGAUCGUGUUCACGGUGGUGAUAGAUGCCCCGGUUUUUACCAUGACAUGGCAGUACCAAGGAGGAAUCACUGUGGGUCUGUGGUCCGACACAUCCUCAUCGAUUAACUCAGGGACCCAGUUCACGGGCAGGACCACCAUCACUGCCACCCAGCUCCGAAUCCUAGGCGCCCAGCUCCGAGAUUCGGGGAUCUUCACGGUGGAGGUGAUCCCCACCGGUACAACAGCCCCUAACUCCAGAUCAAUACAGCUGAGGGUGUUUGAUACAGUGGCUGGGGUCAGUCUGUCGGUCCCCUCAGUGGCGGUAGAGAUGAGAAAUGUGUCUCUGAGCUGUACGUGGAAUGGUGGGACGGAUGUUACGGUCCAGUGGGGCAAAGGAGGCGUAGCCAUCCUCGCCGACGCCAGGAUCACCAUCUCAGCUGGCUCUCUGGUCAUCAACCCAGCCAGGCGGGGGGAUGCCGGGGAGUACACGUGUACCGCCAGCAACCUUGUCAGCGCCCAAACUGCCACAAAGAGCCUCACUGUUUACUAUGGCCCUGACACCCCAGUGCUGACCAAGGUCUCCCCAAAAGAGUGUGUCGGUGGAGGGGAUGUGUUGGCGGGACAGAUUGUGCGUCUCACCUGCUUGUCUGACUCUCUGCCCCCUGCCCUCUUCUCAUGGCAACGUGACGGGCAGGCGGUUGCCGCCGGCCAGCCGGACAGCGGGGUGCUCAGCCUUCAGACUUUCUCGACGGAUGAGAGCGGACGCUACGUGUGCACGGCCAGAAACGGCCUCACCGGUGGCACGUCGGAGCAAGGGACAGACUUGGCAAUCGUAGCCACAUGUCUGAAUGUAGGGGAAGUGGUGGGGAUUGUGAUUGGCUGUUUGCUGCUGAUCCUAAUCAUCGCGCUCCUCAUCUGGCUCAUUGUCUUCCUCGUGCGAAGGAGGCGGGCACAACAGAGACAAAAUGAUACUGCCGAGCUUGUGCAGAAGACCAACCCAAAUCCCAGGCCUAUACCUCCAGAUCCACUACCUAAUGGUGCAAGGGAUUUGGGCCAAGGUCCCCAUCCCCCCCUCUAUCACUUGAACACGCACACCCACCACCCUGACCGCAUGUACACAGCCCCGCAUGAAACUCGUGGCAACCCACAGACGCUGCCGCUGAACGGGCUUCUUAACUCCGACACACACCAACACAAUGGUCGCACCCACACAAAUGGACUCCUACACAAUGCCCCUCAGAACGCCAAUUCAUACCCACACAAUGGCAUUGACAACCGGGCUUUCACAAACACUGAUGCUCAGAAUGCAAACGCACUGCCGAACACACAGCAACAAAAUCCCAACAUUGUCAUACAGACUGGCACUAACCAGGGCGGCGCCCAGCCGCCGGCGGUCCAUGUCAGCCUUAACACUCCCCAGCAAAACAACAAUUCACAAAUACCCACCAUUCAUGUCAACCUUACCUCGUACCCAAACACUAGUCAACAGACUCAGGGAGACAACUCAUUUCCGCUUACCAAUACAACCAAUUAUAACGCUUCACAAACCCAACAAAACGUGACACAUACCGGGCAAUCAAAUCCCAGAAUGCAAAGUGGGCAGUCCUAUCCUAGUGCCAUAGAAGCCGGUCACCAAGAUCAGCCUGGACUAGUCCCGACUGGAUACACACAUUAUAACAGUAAUAACGCUCCUCAGCAAAAUGCCAACACGCAGACGUAUCAGCAGGAGCCAGAGUCUCAUCGCCGGUCCGAUAGAAACUCUCGGGAUCUCCUCAGAGGGACACCAGCGUACACUCCUCAGCGAAACGCCAACACAGAGACCUACCAGCAGGAGCCGGAGCCUCAUCGGCCGUCCAAUAGAAACUCAUGGGAUUUUCUCAGAGCGACACCAGCGUAUCCCAGCGGCACGCUUCAAAGAGGACAGACAUCACCUGAGUACACUUCUGACUAUACAGACUACACUACCCAUCCUCCCAUACAAGUGGCAAGAACGCCAAACCGAUCCCAGCCUCAACCUCAGAGCCAAACCACUUCCCGGAGCAGAGCUGCACCCAGACAAGAUGCACCGUCAGCGGACAGACGGACACGGAGCCGCUCAACUGAUCUUCAAGGCCCAAACAUUCGCAGUGUAACACAGCUUGAGGCUGAACACCACACACAGACAAGUGGCCACACACAAAGAAAGGGAGCUCAGCGAGACAUCAGAGGUUCGUCUGGUAGCCAGACCGCCCCAAGGCAGGAAGCCCCACAUAACAAUAACCCCCAGGCACUGCCUCUCAUAAGCCAGCAGGCCUCUGUAGGCCGCUCUGCUCUGCCACAAGGACCGGUGACACAACAGGGACUGACUGCACCGCGGGGUGCAGAUUCAAGAGCUUUGGCUGAUCCUAAUCACCUUCCACAGGCACACAUGGCCCAGCAACAGAGAGCAGUGCAGAUCCAAACACCACCACAAGGCCCGGGCAGACAUACACAUCCGGUCACAAAUGGUGCCAAUCAGCCUCGCCAAGGAGGCACCGCUCCAGUCCCACACUCCUCGGCCCAGCGUAAUCCCAGUAACCUAACCCAGGCUGCACUUACAGCCCACACUGAGAGGGCUCAAACAUUUCGGAAUCGGAAACAACAGACCCAGGCUGCUCUGCUUCAUCCCGGACCACAGGCACGUGUUCCUGCUGCUGCGGCUCAGCACGCGCCGCCUCCUCCCCCCGUUAUCCCCCUCGCACAGUUCCAGACCCUCCCCAAGAAGCAGCACAAAUCCCCAACUAGAGGUCCUCAGCCCCCCAGACCUCCUGUUAACAUACCGGUUCAACAGCGGCCCACCAACCACCACCACCAUCCUGGAAAUGGUGGACAAAGGCAUGCCCAUGCUCAUGGCCACAGGCACCCCUCCCACUUCACCCAGCCACAGCAGCAUCAGAGUCCCAGAGGGAGACCAAGAUGAUGACAGACGUCAGCAGACUACACUCUACAACUGUCUCGCAUGCAUCUACUGACACAAACAAACCGCUGACAGACGUGAUCCAAUGUACCACCAAGCAAGACUGACUGCACAAGGUUCCGCUCUCCGAAACGCUGCCACACACUGGUGUCUCAGUCAUGCAGUCCGUUUUUUUUAAUGAAGGAAAUGAACAUGUCUCCUAUGGGGAUGAUACAAAUUGUACCUUUUUGGAAUAUAAUCUUACUGUCCUAGAAAUAAAGGACAAAUUAUCUCAAGGAAGGAGGCUAAAUGUGCAUGAUUUAAAUAAGUUGCAUGAUGAUACUGGAGGAUGUUUCAAAAAAAUGCUCCCCCAUCAACAACCCCUCUCUCCAAACACACACUAGACCCACAUGUAUUGUACUAUUUUGUCUUCUGAAGCACUGGUCAUGCAUCAGACUUUGCCGAGAGCCUGCUCAGAGUAGACAAGUUCAGUGAUCCAUAGCUCUCGACCAAGCUCGCCUCCCAUCAUCCAUCCAUUCAUCAUCAAAACUUAACACUACCUUGACAAAAUGCACUUGAGGUGCUGGCAUGAAUAUGUGUGAUUCAUCUGUUAGUGACAGACAGUAAGGGAAUUGGCCCCUGGGUGACGGUGACAAUUAUAGAGGAAGAAAUUUGACAUAGUGGUGGUCUUUAAUGUACAUGGAAGUAUUUAUUUUUCCCCUUGUGUUUACAGAUGCCUCUUAUGACACUUCUCAAUUAAGCAGAUUCGCCUCAGUGGCGCUCAGAAGUAAUGCUCAGCUAACUAUGAAGGGGUAUCCCACAAAUGGAUGGGCGCUUAUUAAUUAAAUGACUUGGGGGGAAUAAUCACACCCUUGCAUGAAUGAGGUCAGCAUAAAGACUUGAGCUGCCACGCUUUCUGCUGAAAAAGCACAAUGUAACAAUGUUCUGUCUGCACUGGGUCAUGGACAGCACAUUUUAAACAAUGGGAUGCUGUUAUUACUUUUACAGAUUAUGUAUUUAUUGAUUUAUAAUGUUUGUGCUCUAUUUUGUCUUGUAAUUGAUUGUGAUUGAUUAGGUUGCACCAAUUGAUGUCAAUGCCAUUGUUGUUGAAUAAAUGUUCAUUUCAUGGAUAAAACUGGUUAUAUUAGAUGUUUAUUAUUGUCAACAAAUCCUGAAUGAACUGAUCCUACAAACAAGUGACAUAUCUCUCAUUCCUCUGUGCCAUAGAGCUCCAUUGUUGUCCAAUAAAAACACAUCAGUGAGCUACACAUUUGUUCUGGGUGACAUUAAUAUUACCAUAAACAUGAGCUCUGUAGCUUAUUGGAGACGAUCGCACACACGCUAUCCUGCUGCUGUAAAUUCACACCAGCACCAAAUGUGUAUUACUCCCCAGCGGGAAAUAGUGCAUAAGUUGUGGACUAUCUGCUGCUGUGAGAGUCCCAUUUUACGAAAAAGCUACAGUGUCCAGCUGUUGCAGAAAAUUACUUAGCCUUUUAUGAAAACGAAACUAUUUAUUUGCAACCUGUUUUUUUUUUUUUUUUUUUUUACUCGAGAUUUAUAUCUCGGCAAUA